CACAAUCGGAUGAGUUGAUUCGCUGGUUGAGCGCUACGUCACGCGAUGGCAAUAGUACCGUCGCAGAAUACGUGCCUAGUUGCGGGGCUUUCGCUUUCCACUACGCGCCCAAAAUGAACUCUUCCUGCGCAAUGCCUCGAUGGAAGCGUCCAUUUCUAAAAGUUCAGGAGGCGCACGCGAGCAGCGCAGUAGAGGUGGAAUAUUCGCGCGCUGCCGCGGUUUGCCGACGCUGGCGAGGUUCAAAGUAACAAAUUGUGUCGGGUGUUUAGUGACGCCGUGCUGAGCCGACUUCAUUUUAAUCACUGCACUGGCGCCGCAGGGAAGCUUUGUUUGUUGCGGCAAGUAUGGCGGCGUUCAAGUGCACUUUCGUCCAAGACUGGACGAAUCCGAAACAUUGCGAGUUUGCAGCCUGGGUUCGGCCCGUUGAAUGUAACGCGAAUGCAGCGUACUGUACGCUAUGCAGAAAGCAGUUUUCGCUCAGCAACAUGGGAAGAAGAGCGGUGACAAGUCACGCUGAAAGUAAGAAGCACCGACUUGCUGCGAGCGGAGCCAAGACACCCUCUGUAGCUUCAUUCUUGACGCCGCCGGCCGCCGUUGUGAUCAAAGCCGGGCCAGUGGCGUCAGGUUCUGCGCUGCCUUCAUCUUCUUCAACUACAGCUACGGACUCCCAACCUGAGCGUGCAACAAAGGACAUUUUUCAGCGUGACACGGAGGUCAUAAAGGCUGAGGUGAUGUGGUGUCUUAAUGCUGUGAUGACGCACACAUCGCUCCGUGCUGCCGCGGCAUCGGCUUCUCUGUUCCCGUUGAUGUUCCCAUCAUCUGCUACAGCCAAGAAAAUGCAGCUUGGAAAAGACAAGGUGGGAUACACUAUUGUCCAUGGCCUCGCACCUUUCUUUAGAGAGAGCCUCGUGUCGGAAGUAAGCCAAGCCUCCCACCUCGUCGUCGCGUUUGACGAAUCGUUAAACAACGUUGCACAAAAAGAGCAAAUGGACGUGUUGGUUCGUUUUUGGUCGGAUGCAGAGGAGAGCGUGAAAACACGCUACCUGACGUCAUGCUUUCUUGGGCACACACGAGCUGAAGAAUUGGUGUCCGCAUUUAAAAGUGCCACAGAUGGACUCUCACGAUCGAAAAUUCUUCAGAUAUCAAUGGACGGGCCAAACGUAAACAUGAAAUUUCUCCGUGAGAUCAAGCAAGAACUGUGUGAAUCCAGUGACGGCCGCCAAAUUCUCGACGUUGGAAGCUGUGGCCUUCAUGUAGUGAACGGCGCGUUCAAAACCGGACACGCCGCAACAGGGUGGCAACUCGUUGAAUUUCUCCGGGCUAUCUACAAUUUAUUUAAAUGUGUACCUGCCCGACGUGCUGAAUACGCACGUAUCACCGGUAGUAACGUUUACCCCUUGAAGUUUUGCGCCGUGCGGUGGCUUGAAAAUGUUAGUGUAAUUUCGAGGGCUCUUGAGGUCCUGCCGUAUCUGAAGGUAUACAUCGAGUCGUGUCGAAACGAGAACAAGCGACCGACCAGCGCCAGUUACGGCGUGGUCGAAACAGCCAUCCGCGAUCCUCUGCUGUCUGCAAAGCUAACCUUUAUGCUUCGUAUCGCGGAAGAACUGCAGCCGUUCCUGGCUCAGUUCCAGACCGAUUUGCCUAUGCUUCCAUUUCUUGGUACAGCAUUGGAAAAUCUUCUGCGAUCAUUAAUGAGUACAAUUGUAAAGAAAGAAGUAAUGAUGGCUGCGGAUAGUCCGUUGAAGUUGAUAAACGUCGACAUGGACCAGCCUGCGAACGUUGUUGCGACACCCAAGAUUGACCUUGGCUUUGCUACGAAGAAUGCACUCCGGAAGGCCCUGAAACUUUCAGAUUUGGCUAUCCUUGAGUUCAAAAGGGACUGCGCCGCUUUUGUGAAGAACUGCGCCAAGAAGAUCGUGGAAAGGUCGCCGUUGAAGUUCAAGCUGACGAGGGGAUCGUCAUCUCUGGAUCCCGCGUGCGCGCUGAUUCCCGAGCUUGGGGAAAGGCGUUUAACUGAUGCACUCGAAGUUUUAACGGAGCACCAGUGGAUGACCGGAGCAGAAGCUGAUCGAGCUAUGCGGUCCUACAAGCUUGUGUGCUCCUUAGCCUCGACGCAAGCAGCGUUGAAAAAUUUUGACAGGAGCACGGAUCGGCUGGAUGCCCUUUGGGCAGGCAUCUGUGGUUCAAACAAGGAACUACUCGCUUUUGCCAAGAUUAUUCUCACUCUUUCGCACGGAAAUGCGUCUGUCGAGAGAGGAUUUUCUAUUAACAAGAGCUGUCUUGUAGAAAACCAAAAAGAACUAUCUCUGGUCGCCCAACGAAUCAUAUUUGACGCUGUGUCGUCUGCUGGAGGAGUUGCCAGUGUACAGUUAACCAAGAGGAUGUUUCAGAUGGUCCGUGGGGCGAACGCACGGUGGAAGGAGGAGCUUGAGAAGACCAGAAAAGAAAGGGCCGACGAAAUGAGGAAUGAACGUGAAAGGAAGCGUGUGGCCGCUUCUUUGAAGGAGCUUGAGCUUAAAAAAAAAAGUGUUGGCUGA